AAUUGUGUGAAUUUUGGUCCAUUCGUGCCCAGUUUGAGAUGCUGAACGCGGAGCUGGAGGGGAACCAGGACUUGGCCAACUCGCGCAUGGCCGAGCUGGAGAAGCUGCAGCUGGAGCUGCAGGCGGCCGUGAGGGGACAGGAGCGCCUCAAGGUGGCUCUGCGCUCGCUGCCCGAGGAGGCGGUGAAGGAGGCCCUGGAGUACAAGGUGCUGCAGUCGCAGUUCUCGCUGCUCUACCACGAGAGCCUGCAGGUGAAGACGCAGCUGGACGAGGCGCGGGCGCUGCUGCUGGCCACCAAGAACAGCCACCUGCGCCACAUCGAGCACAUGGAGGUGGGGCCUCACCUGCCCAGGUGUCCUCAGGUGUCCCCCGGGGGGUCCCGCCCCAUUAACCGCGAGAUGCGGCACCUGAUCAGCUCGCUGCAGAACCACAACCACCAGCUCAAGGGCGACGUGCAGCGCUACAAGCGCAAGCUGCCUGAGGUGCAGGCCGAGAUCGGCAUGGUGGGCGGGGCCACCGCCGGGGGGCGGGGCCACGACCGGGGGGCGGGGCCACAAAACCCGAGAGGGUGGGUGUGGUCACUUUAA